GUGAUGUCAUAAAAUCAUAAAAAUCCCCAAGCUGUGUAAGUAUAUAAAGGUUCUAACAAUCUCCUCAGUAAGAGACUGACCCAGCUCAUAAGAAGAGGCUUUCAUCAGAUCUCAACAUGGAAAGCAAAUAUCUGACAAUCCUGUGUGUUCUGCUCAUCUCUGCAGCUCUAAUAGAAGGAUUUGCUUACCCCCAUCAAGGGCAACGCUGUCUGUGUGAGAAAACGGUUAAGAAACUGAAGCUUAGGAAAGUUUCACAAAUUGAACUUUUUCCAAAAAGCGCAACUUGUCCAAAUAUCGAAGUUCUGGCUACCACAAAAUCCGGCAAGAAAAAAAGUAUAAUUUGCAUUGAUCCCAACAUAAAAUUGGUAAAGGAAAUCAUUGCUGGAAAGAAAAAGAACAUAAAAGUGAUAAAUCAUCUUUCAAAGCAAGGGUAAUUUACAAUAUCUACAAAUUGAAGAAGAACUUGAUAUGCAGCCUGAAGACUGUGGGAUUCUUUUGAGGAAUGAUUUGCACCUUGAUGCACUGUAAAUUUGUACAUUUUUGACCAUGCACAUUUUAGUGUUGCAUUCAACUUGUAAAUACUGUGAUAAGUGUUGUUGUUUGUUACCUACAAUCUAAGGAUGGGUUUGCCAAUGCUGGAUAUCACAAAGAUUAUCAAAGUGGGCUUUAGUAUCUCUGCACAUCAGCUGCCAGAUGGGGACAACAUUCUAAAAGUGGAACAAUCCCUAUAGCAUGCAGUGAAAUUUGAAGAAACAUUCUAUUUGUUUCCAAUGUGAUUGUUCUACUUGUAGAGAUUUAAACUAGUCUUCUGUUAUUGACCAUUUCAUUACUUUACCCCAGGGGUAAUACAUCUGUAAAUACUGUAACAAAUGUCGUUCUGAGAG